GACUGACAUGCUUUCAGUUCUGAUCAACUUUCCUUUCCUUCGUGCUCCAUACUUAGAAUGUUUACCUUUUUCCUGUGCUGUCUUCAGACACACAUUCUUUUUCCUGCUUUACCAGUGACAGCUUUCUCCUCCCAUAUCUCCCAUCCUAGGUUUUUAAUCCCCUCUAUUAGCAUAUUGGGCCCAGAGGAUCCUUGUAGUGAAAUAAGCUACCGACCUAAAUGCACCAUAUGCCCUCGAUUUUUCUAGGACAGCCCCAAUGUAAAAUAUUCCAUCUAUUGUCUGUCAGCCCGCGUGUCUCGAUUUUGAUUUAGAAAAUAGUCACUUUAGCUGUAUCUAGCCUGCUGUCCUGGCCUUUUCCAGCCUUUUGGCUCUGGUGCAUAACGGUAAUCCAAUUAUCAUUCACCUGGGAUUUUUCUUCCCCUUCUGAGUCAACCCAAAUGUUGGAACUGCCAGGAUUUCUAGGGGUGCCUGAAUACUACAGGCUAGUGGGGAAAGGGAAUGCCUUCUUACUCCUUUAUUUCUGUCCCCUCCCCAUCUUUUAUACCAGUACAGGGAAGCUUUUAUACACCUGGCAGUGUCCAUUGAUUAAGGCUCAGGUUUAAGUCAUGAGGGAUGUAGGGCUUUAUGUCAUUUGAUUCUAGAAUAGAAAUAACUUACUGUAUUGGUUAUAGGGCAAGAGAUUCUAUCUUGAGUCUUAAGAAACCUGCCUGCACAAGUUUCUUAAGUAGUUUUGGUUUCAUUGAGUUACAUUUUACAGACCUCUGUUAGGCUUCUUCAUAUAAAGAAAGCACUUGCUAGGCACUGAGGAAAAUGUAAAAGUGAUUUCUCCACACAGCCCCGACAUCUGGAUCUGUAUUUGGAAAUGCCCACACUUUUGAGUCAGCUGAUAAACUUGUUUUCCCCUGUUUCUGUACCUAAGUUCCAGUCCCUGCAAGGCGGGAGCCAGAGCUUCUGGUUUGGCUCAUUCACAAGGGCUGGCUUGUUUCACAGAGGGUCCAGCAGAUGGGCAGUGGUGCUCUUUUGGCACCUGCCCUUUCCAGGCACUUUUCAUCACAUGGUCUCUGCCUCUCAGCCCACCCAAGAUCUUUUCCCGUGCACACUGGGGAAACAUACCUUUUUUCUCCAGCCUUCGUCUUGAGAAAGCAGACAGUUUCUUCGUCCACUUUUCUGUUGUUCUUGAGUUGGUUUCUCAGUUAUCCAACUGCAUUUUUUUUUUUUAAAUCCUCACCUGAGGAUAUGUUUUCAUUGAUUUUGAGAGACAGAGGAGACAUUUGAGAGAGGAGCAUCGAUCCGCUGCCUCCUGCAUCCGUUCCAACUGGGGAUUAAACUUGCAACCCAGGCACGUUUCCCUGAAAGGAAAUUGACCCCGCCACCUUUGGGUGUAGGGACGAAGUUCUUGCCAACUGAGCCACCCGGCCCGGGGCAGCCCAGGGCAUCCGACUGCAUUUUCAUGAGUAAAUCUCUCCUGGUCUCACCCUCUUCUUUAUUUUUCUUGUUUUACUGAAGGUGGCACAUAGAUGCUAACUGAACAUUGGUAAUUCAUCAUGUACUCACCUACCAGACCUUUCCACUUCUCUUCCAGGUCCUGGCUUAAUUUCUAAUUUACCGUGUUAAGUGCACUCAAUGUAUAUUAUUCCACUUUCUUUAAAGUAAGGAGAAAAGGAAACUGUCCCGGGAAUGAUUCUCCUGGUUGUAGAUCUCUUCAGCCAUCUUUUCUCGGCAUCUCAAUGGUGGAUAACUUUUUAGGAAGAUGUUUUUAAUGCUUCUCCAGACAUACCUCCUCUGUCCCUGGCUUUCUAGUCUGAGCCAGUUGACCCUGAGACUUCUCUUCCUGCCACCAAAACCCCUUCCCCCAUCUGUGACCCUGUGCCUGUUACUUGCUCUGGCUCAGCCCCAGAAUCCACUCUUUUUCAGACCACAUCCUUUUUCCUGCCUUACUCAUUUCCUGUCUCAGAUACUUUGGAUCCCUUGGUUCUGAUUUUUCCGAGGGAGAGAGAACAGACUAAGAGAAGAGGAAUAAAUAGAUAAGUCAUCUCACAAAAUUGAACUGUUCUUGCCUCUGGUCUUGCAUGCUCUCACACAGCUUGCCCCCCUCCCUGAGAUUUCUUAUUUAAGAAAAACAAGAACCAGUUACUAUCUCAGAAUCAAGAAUUCAUGAAUGUUUUUUAAUCUUUUUCCCUUUGUGAAUGUAUGCCUGCCUUAGACUCUUCCUCUAAGUCUUUGCCCUUCUUUGGUCUGUGGACCUCAUGCUAGUCAUUUGGUAACCAUUUGCUGAAUAAAGUUCACCCACUUCCUAUGAAAGUCCUUCACUUACAGAUAGCAUGGAGCAGCAAGCCAAAAUAAAGUAAAAACAAAAAACGGGAGAAGGAUGGUGGUUCCAGUUCUGGUAAUACUGUUCGUGUUAAUAUGCUACUUACCAAGAGGUAUUUUCCCCCUCUUCUUGAGUUAGUCCAAGUUUAUAUUAAAGUUCUCCCAGCUGUUCAAUGCCACUUAAUCUCUAGACAGAUUUGGUCCCACCCACUAAAAGAUUCUCUUCCAAAAAUAUACAUCUACUGAGAUGAGAGUAGGGACGUGAGUCUUCAUAAAUGAUAGUUUCUCUUUUAUUCCUUUUAUGCCAUUUUGCAACUGGAAGAUGAAGAUGAUUUUCUGUGGUCAGGAGGGAGCUCACUAAAGUGGUUGUAGAGAGAUGCUUUUGUGUUUUCCGCCCCCAUGGAAGUGCAGGGUGAGGACUGGCUGCUUAUGCAAUCCACUCUGAUUAUUUAUAGCUAGUGGAAAAGGAUGUGCUUUCCUACUCUUUGAGUCUCCAGAUGAUUUUUUUUUAGUUUAGAUAAGUCCAAAAGAAGAGGACAUUCUUUCUACAUCUGCUAAAGAAAUGAUUGCUGUUAAACAGGCAUCGCCAGUGCUCUAAGAGGAAUCCACAUGUUGAAAAGAGUCCCCGUUGCUGUUAGGAUUUUCUUGAAAAGACAGGGCAGGGCAUUGUUCAUGCACUGACCGACCUCAGCAGCCCCGGCAUGACCUCAGGGAACGGAAAUUCUGCCUCCAGCAUCGCCGGCACUGCCCCCCAGAAUGGUGAGAAUAAACCACCACAGGCCAUUGUGAAACCCCAAAUCCUGACGCAUGUUAUCGAAGGGUUUGUGAUCCAGGAGGGGGCGGAGCCUUUCCCGGUGGGACGCUCGUCCCUGCUGGUGGGGAAUCUCAAAAAGAAGUAUGCACAGGGGUUUUUGCCUGAGAAACUUCCACAGCAGGACCACACCACCACCACUGACUCCGAGAUGGAGGAGCCCUAUCUGCAAGAAUCCAAAGAGGAGGGGACUCCCCUCAAACUCAAGUGUGAGCUCUGUGGCCGGGUGGACUUUGCCUACAAGUUCAAGCGUUCCAAGCGCUUCUGUUCCAUGGCCUGUGCAAAAAGGUACAAUGUGGGAUGCACCAAACGAGUGGGGCUUUUCCACUCAGACCGGAGCAAGUUGCAGAAGGCAGGAGCCACGACCCACAACCGCCGUCGGGCCAGCAAAGCCAGUCUGCCAACUCUUACCAAGGAUACCAAGAAGCAGCCAACCGGCUCUGUACCCCUUUCGGUUACUGCUGCAUUGCAGCUAACACAUAGCCAGGAAGACUCCAGCCGUUGCUCAGAUAACUCAAGCUACGAGGAACCCCUGUCACCCAUCUCAGCCAGCUCAUCCACCUCCCGCCGGCGACAAGGCCAACGCGACCUGGAGCUCCCUGACAUGCACAUGCGGGACCUAGUGGGCAUGGGACACCACUUCCUGCCAAGUGAGCCCACCAAAUGGAAUGUAGAAGAUGUCUACGAGUUCAUCCGCUCUCUGCCAGGCUGCCAGGAGAUAGCAGAGGAAUUCCGUGCCCAAGAAAUCGACGGGCAGGCCCUGCUGCUGCUCAAGGAGGACCAUCUGAUGAGUGCUAUGAACAUCAAACUGGGGCCCGCCCUGAAGAUCUACGCUCGCAUCAACAUGCUCAAGGACUCGUAG